AUGGAGAAGGGUGAGCCACGGCCGUACGGACUGGAGCUGCGCCGAUUUCUCCUCUCCAGUUCCUCUUCCUCGAACGCGUCGUCCAGCCCGACUCGGCAGGCGGCCGCCGCAGCCGCAAAGGCAACAACGGCAGGCGUGCGAGACGCUUCCUCGACCAGCCCCGACGCUUCGUCGGCCUCCGCCACGUCCGCCCGCAACUUCUCCAACCACUUCACCCCGGCACAGACGCGCCUGCACUACACCACGGAGAAGGUGGUCCCUGAGGCGCCUUCACCGGAGGUGCUUGCCGAAAGGAGGCAGCGGCGUCGCUCUGGGAGCAGUGAUAGCGUUGAGUCGCACGAUUCUGUCGAUGCACUGGCCAGCAGUGCGUUUCAAAACCGCGACCGCGCCGCCGGGACACUUCUCUCUGCACGGCAAUUGCUGUCUUUUGCGGAUACCACUUCUGCAGUCUCGGUGAACGGCGACGAUGAAAGGGUGGCGGGCCGUGGUGGUUGUGAAGUACAGCAUGCAAAUGGAGAAGCUGCCGGCGAAGAACCGUCAUCGGCUCCGGCGGAAGUAGGGGAGGAGUUCGAGACCCCUUCUUCGAUUCAGCCCCGUCAUCCUGUGCCGCACCCGGCAAGCCUGAACGACGAGGACGCUUCCCUCGACACCACCUCUUCCUCUCGCCGUGCAGUGGGCGUGUGGAACGCGAUUUACGGAAAGGAGAAGUGGUCCGGCUCACGAAGGAGCCACCCGCGCGAAGAGCUCACCCCUGAGGACACGACCAUGUCGAACACGGAGGAUCGUGAUCGCUCGCGUACCGCCGCCGCCGCCGCUGCACCUUCUCCACCAGCAGCAGCCGUGGCGGCUCCAACUCCGCUCCGCUCAGAAGAGCGAAGCGCGACUUCUGCUGCCACUUCUCGACACGCAGAUUCGUCGCAGUGGGCCGCCACGCGCCAAACGGCUCUCAAGGUGCUCCGCGCCCAGCUGGGCAGCUCGGAAGGCCACACCGCGGGUGCCAGUGAGCAACCAAAUCACCGGCGAAGACCCGUUGCGCCGCCUGCCGUACGAGCCGAUCAACACAAUCGGGCCGAGGAGCCUACUAUUAUUGAGGCGUCUGCGCAAGAGGAAGCGGGGGUCGCACGAAUGAAGGCGAGUGGCACCCCUGCUGUUAGGGUUGCUGCGGAAGACGCGGCACCGCACGGGCGCCGAUCACACGAUCCGCAUCGAACCGCUGAAGAGGUGUUGGAGCAUCUCUUCAGUGGGGUGCCGCCGAAAGCGUCAGACGCUCACCGCGAUGAAGCUGCCAGUAAUGGACUGGACGACAGCGAAGCUACUUCACCGUUCAAGUCCAGCCGGUUUGUGCUCCGACCCACCUUGAGCGCAGAGGUGAGCGGGAUAAGCCCCAUCAAAAAUGAAGCCCCAUCGAUUCUGGUCGAUCUCUAUGAUUCACCGGGAGGUCGACCAGCGCGACGCACACGCACGCCAAUCGAGACGGCGGUGGCGCGAGCGGUGGGUGCGUCUACACCGACGAGUCCUCUGUCGCCUCACAUGGAAGAUCACAGACCGCAGCAGGGGCGAGGAGGGUGGGCAGGUGAUCAGGAGGAGUACACGCUAGACAUGUCUGCUAUGGACUUUCGCACGGUGCAAACGGCAUCCUCAUCGUCAUCGUCCUCCGAUGUGCGCGAACCGCCGGUCUGGCCAAAUGACGUUGACGCGGUAGCCUCUGCUCACAGUCGACGCUCUUUCGAAGAAGAGGACCUCGACGCUGCCGCUGCUGUGGGCACCGCGCAGGGCAACCCGGCUUCGACGCUGCGCACGGACAGCAAGAUUUCCGUCUUUCCUGCCGCCGCCUCCAACGCGUGGGACGCUGCCCUCGUGAAGAAACAGCGAUCCAAGGAGCCGCCGAAGCCGUCGGCGACUCAAGGCGCCGUCGCUCCUGAACUGUCGUCACCGGCACCUAAUAACAGCUCCAUUCACCGAAAUGCCACUCCAGCGGCCGUGCGCCAGGAGCGUGUCCGACAGGAGAUGCGCGCAAAGGAGCUGGCGGAGUGCAGUUUUCACCCCACGUUGUCACCGGGCACGCGCGCGAUGGUGCGUGUGGCGCAGGAGCGCGAGAUGGAGAAGUCACUGGUGGACUCGGUGCCGCCUCCGCCGCCGUCGUCGUCGCGGCUGCCUACCGCCGUGACACCUCGUGCAGGUGGGAAACGUGCGCAACGAGCACCUCCGCACGCGUCCGCUCAACCAUCCACAUCACCGGCCCUCGACCCGCGCACUCUCAAGGCGACGCUGCAAAACGUAUACGAGCGACUGUACCCGGUGGAGCUGACCGCCGCUGCGUCGCGCCGGCAGAUUCUGGAUCAAGAAAUGGAGUACCGCCGUCUGGCGCGGGAGGAGUUGAUCGUGCUGCAGCGUCGGGCAGGUGUGGUACGACGUGGAGCCCGCAGCCGCGGCGUCCCCCGCGCACAGGACAGCUUCAACGUCUUCAUGAGCAACAUUUUGCAAACCGAUUGGGGAGAGCACGUGGCGGUGGGCGGACGUGGCACUUCUGCUGCUGCUACUGCUGCUCUGCCCAGUUCUGUGCUUGCGCAGGCACCGUAUGAGACGGUUCCCGUCUUUGACACUUCGUACAUGUCUCCCAUGGCAGUGGCUCUGCGAGAGGAGAAGGAGGUAAAGCGGAAGUACAACUCUCGCAGAGAGGAAGAGAUGCAGCUGUCACACUUGCACGACUCCACGAGCAAAAGCAAGGUGGUGGUGUCCGCCGCAGGAGAGAGGGGUGUCAGCUUCCGCGACAGCGGGGCGAGAGCGACACCACCGCCGGAGGACGCCAGUGCGGAGGAGUCGUUCCGCAUCACCCUCUUUGAUGAAUUCCUUCUUCGCCAAAACGCCCACUACUUCAGUCGCGCGCGCGCCGUGCUCGAUCUGGAGCGGCAACUCACACCCGCUUUCACGCCGACCACCACCCGGAAGAGCGCGCGACUCGUAAAAGAGCUGGUGUCGCGAAGCCUUGUGAAUGAGUCCAUGGGGGCAGAGACCUCGUCUCUCAUCGCGCAGCGGCAGCGCCGGCACAUCCCCAUCGUGUCGUCCUCCUUUGUGACACCGCACCAGUCCCCGUACAAGGACCCCUGCACCUUCCAGCCGCAGCUUUCCCCUGCCGCACGGGCGGAGCGGGCAGCGGAGCGACGCAAACAGCGUCUGGCAAGGCAGGUGGCAGCGACAACGGCGGCGACGGUGACGCCUCCCUGCACCGAUCGCAAAGACUUCUUUGAGCGGCUCUACGGUGAGCGCGAGCGCAUGGAAAGGGCGCGUGCAAAGGCGAAAAAGGUGGCCGCAGAGGAGGAGAUGGAGGGCGUAACCUUCAAGCCGCAGCUCAAUUCGUCGCACAACGCGCAGGUGAAGUCGGUGCUGGAUCCGAAAAACUACGAGCAGUAUCAACAGUACCUGCAACAGCAGCAGCAGUCACUCGAGGCGCAGCGUCAGGCGCGGCUGGAGAAGUCGGAGGAGGCGGAGGAGGUGGUGUGCACCUUUCGCCCACAAACAACAAAGACGCCCGGGUACAUUUCAAAGAUGGCGAAGAGCUUUGGUGUGCUGCGACAACAAGGCGGAGAGGUGUAA